UGUAACUGUGUAACGGGCCCAUAAUCGACCAACUAUCGCAAACCCCCUUGCUCAUUGCACCCGGAAGGGCUUUAGAAGUCUACGGCAAUGACAGUGUGCUCGUCGGGAUCCGGACCUUCUAGUUCUACCGGGAAGGCGUGGAUCGUGCACAGCCUUCUCAUCGGAGCGGCGGUCGCUGCAGCGGUUGUCGCUCAUGGAGUCUUUUUCCGUCGGCUAAUACGGCGGGGCGGUUACCGUAGCCGAGUAGUCGGAAUCAUUCCGGCUAGGUUCGCUUCAUCGAGAUUCCAGGGCAAGCCCCUUGUUCACAUCCUUGGAAAGCCGAUGAUCCAGAGGACAUGGGAGAGGGCAAAAAUGGCUUCUACUUUGGACCAUGUUGUUGUUGCGACUGAUGAUGAAACAAUUGCAAAAUGCUGUCGCGUUUUUGGAGCUGAUGUGGUAAUGACUUCUGAAGCUUGCAAGAAUGGAACAGAACGCUGCAAUGAAGCGCUAGAAAAACUUGGGAAAGAUUAUGAUAUUGUUGUCAAUAUACAAGGAGAUGAGCCUCUUAUUGAACCGGAGAUAAUUGAUGGCAUUGUGAAGUCCUUGCAGCAAUGUCCUGAUGCUGUGUUUAGUACCGCUGUAACAUCCUUAAAGCCUGAAGACGGGACUGAUCCCAACCGUGUAAAGUGCAUUGUGGACAAUAAUGGUUUUGCAAUAUAUUUUUCGAGAGGAUUAAUUCCCUAUAACAAGUCAGGAAAAAUUAAUCCGCAAUUCCCAUAUCUACUUCAUCUUGGCAUUCAGAGUUAUGAUGCAAAAUUUUUAAAAAUCUACCCAAAGCUUUCACCAACUCCUCUUCAGUUAGAAGAAGAUCUUGAGCAGCUUAAAGUUCUUGAGAAUGGUUACAAGAUGAAGGUUAUCAAGGUUGACCAUGAAGCUCAUGGAGUAGACACACCUGAAGAUGUUGACAAGAUGGAAGCAUUGAUGAGAGCGAGAAAUAUAGCAUAAAGGUGAUAUCUCCCCUUCCAAAUUAUCUCCAUGUGGUAGCAAUGUCUAUUUAUGGAUGCAUCUAUGCAUAUCAAGCAAUUUUUGUUGUUGUUGUUGUUGUCGUCGUCGUCGUUUGAGGUGAUUGGUUGCUUGCCAAAGCCACACGGGUCUUGUUAAUCUAAAUUUUAGUAUGUUCGGCGUAUUUAUGAAUCAUUAAUAAGAGAAUUAUUCUCAGUUGGAUCUUGUUUUCAUGCAGGACUAGAGCCAAUUGUAAAUUUUCCUUCGAUAUUGUUUUGUGAUUUUUGGGGGAUUCACAUCUUAACCAUAUGAUUCUUAUGUUUUUACA